UUUUUGUUUUUAUUAGGUAGUGAAGUUUUGGUGUUUAGUUUUUUUAUUUAGUUUUUUUUUUGUGUUUUUUCAUUAGGUAGUGAAGUUUUGAGAAAAUGAGUGAUGAUGCAAGUGUGAAUGGUUCUUCUUGUUUAGCAAUAACAGAGAAGAAGAAUAAUCAAAAGCUAGGUGGUGGUUGUAUUGGAAUUUUCUCUCAGCUAUUUGAUUGGAAUAGUAGACUCACAAAGAAGAGAUUUUUCACCAAAAAACUUCUUCCUCCUCCUGCUAGUGCAAAACAAGAUUCUUUGAAGAAGUUUAAAGGAGAUGACAAAAUGCCUAAUUCCAAACUCCAUUUGAUUGCUAAUGGGAACAGUGGAGGUUUUUCAAAUGCGAAAAAAAGUGGGAAUUGUGUUAUAGAGGUAGAACAAAAGCAUGAAAUGAAAGCACCAAGUCUUGUAGCUAGGUUGAUGGGUCUAGAAUCAAUUCCAUCUUCAAAGAGAGAUAAAUCCAAGAAAUCUUCAUUUUCUGAUAGUGAUGAUGGUGAGGAGUCUUUGGAGAUCAAAGCUGCGAAUGCAAGGAAUGAGUCAAGGCCUCAGAAACUUCGGAAAACGGAGGCGAACGAGAGAAGAGCAGUGACUAGGUUUGGUGCUGAUGCAUUGCAAAUCAAGAGUGUUUUGUCACAAGUGAGAAGGUAUAAUCAUCACCGUCACAAUCACCAUCACGCUAAUAAACUUGUUUCACCUUUGAAGAGUCCUAGAAUUUCAUCGGGAAAGAGUACAUCUCGAAGCUCAAGGUUGAUAGAAGCAGCUACUAAGAUCUUGGAACCUGGUUUGCAGGCUACAAACAGAUCCAAAUGUUUUCUUGCAUCUUCCAUUUCAAAGUGUCCUCCCAAUAAUGGCAUUGUGACAGAAAUGGCUGGAACUCGGGCACUAGAUAUACACAAUCAAUCAUGUUAUAAUUCUGGCAUAGACAAGUCAUUGGGAGAGCCUACAUGCAAAAAUUGCGGCAAUUUGCUUGAUGUUGAGAUCAGCAGACCUAUUGUUUCAGAUGUUUUCACCGACUUCUCUUCAGCAUCAGUGAAAAACAAAAGGUCAUUCAUACCCUCUCAUGAAAAUGAUGUAGUUCUUCUCAGAAGCCAGGAGAAGAUCAUAACUCAUGUUGAUGAUGAUGUUAAAAAGAAUGUUUAUGCUUGUAAUGAAUCCACUUCCAGAAGAAUAUAUGUGCUUGCAAAAUGUGAUUCAUCACGCGAACCGCAUGGAGGCUUAGAGGAUGAUGGUGUAUCGUCUUUUUCCUUCAAACAUAAAACUCAAACACAAGAAGGGAUGUUAAACAAUGAAAGAAUAUCAUUUGAAUCAAGAAAUAGUAAUAUGCAAGAGAAGAGAGUCUCAUCAGCUACAACUUCAAGCACUGUGAGUGGAAAUAAAGACUUUGUUUGUUUGAAUCAAAGCCUAGGUGGUCGAACUCGGAUAAGGUCUCCUACAAAGGCAGAUAGAUGCAAAUUUGAUCUAGAAAGGAAACCUUCAAGCAGACAAGGUUCUGAUGCACAAGGAGAAAAAAGGAAGAAUUUUGACGCUUUCUCUCCAAACAAUUCUAAUGUCAGAUGUAAAAGAGGAGGUUAUCUAAACACCGAUAAGAUUAACGACAAUAAGAUGAACAAGGUAGUACCAUCUACCUUUAGUUCACCUCUUAAGAAAAAGGAAGAGACGAGAAGUGAUAAUGAGAUUAGAACAUGUUUACAAAGACAUCAUCAACCCCUGAGAGAAGAUGUUCUAGGUGCUUUUCUAGAACAGAAGCUAAAAGAAUUAAGGUCUAGAGAAAAUGUGGAGUUGGUUACUGGUGAUCAACCUAAAAGAUCACCGGCAUUGAUUCUUCAAGAAUUGAUAUCUGUUCUGAAUGCAGAGCACCUAACAUGUUCCAAUGAUCAAAUGCUCAAUGGCAAAUGUCCCAAGUGUGAGACAAAUCAUGUUGGAUUAUUCGGAACCUCGUGCAAUGGUAAUCAUCUCAGUCCUGGAUCAGUCCUGGAAGCUUCCUUUUCUUCCAGUAGUUUCGAUGAAGGCUCAGGGCAUUGUUUUCACCCUGGCUCUAUAAACUGUUCUUACGACCAACCUGAACCGUUGAAACAUGAAGGCGAACUUUUAGAUUCUGCAGCAUCAUUUAACACAGGAAAGAUAGGUUGUAAGAUACUGACCAAACUUGUUUACCGAAUCGAUAAGAUAUUGCAAAGUUUAGAUUCUUUUUGGACAAGAUUGACAGAAAGCAAGCUAGAUCAUAUGAAAGAAGUUAUCUUCAUUGCUGAGUUGGUUCUUGGAAAUGUCACUAGGAACAAUGAGGAAGGAGUGUUGCCACAGCUUCUCAUUUCUUGCAUUCUUCUUGAUGAACUCAACAUUGCAACCGAGGCUAUGCAGAGAAAUUUCAACCGAAGCCAACUUAAGGGAUUUCUAUUCGAUUGUGUAAUAGAGUAUCUAGAAUCAAAUUGCUGCCAUAACUAUUAUAGUGUGUUUAGGUCAUGGUGUGCAUGGACAAAGGCUCCAUUAUGCAUGAAAGCUGAGAUUUUGGUUCAAGAGGUCAAGAGUGAGAUUAAGAAGUGGGAAUGUAUGGUUGGCAUGGAACUAAACCAAGUAAUUGAUUGGGAGAUGAGUCACUCAUUAGGAAAAUGGACUGAUUUCGACAUUGAAGCUUUUGAGACAGGUGUUGAUAUUGGUGGGGAUGUGCUUCAAAUUUUGGUUGAUGAAAUUGUUGAAGAUCUUGUAGAUUCUAGGCACGGUAAUGUUUGAAUUUAAUAAGAUUAUGCUAUUUGUUCAUGCAACAUAUCACCACUAAUUUAUCUGGUCUUUUUUUGUUCUGAUAUAAGAAUCAUUCUUUUUUUGAAUGGCUGAUGUAAGAAUCAUAGUAAUUAUACAUUGGUGUACAAAUA